AACAUUAAUGGGGCUCAGCGCACAGCAGGUCAUGUGCGCGCCCAGCAGAUCUUUGACCUGCAGCUGCUCCUGGCCUGUGUCUCCUCCCCGAAGGUGCCCCUCACUACCCACACAGAUCUAGAUUUGGGCCUGGGCCUGUCCCUGCCCAAAAUCCAUGCCGAGUUCCCUCACCUGCGCCCAGGACCCUCCUGCCACUCUGGACACAGUUGGCCUGGUGGACCAGAGGCUGGGAAAUGCAGGGACCUCCGGUUCUGCCCCCAUCUUGGAAGACGGGGAUGUGGACCCCUGGGCCCUCCCUCAGCUAAAGGACACUGGCCAGUCCUGGAAAGAGCUCAGCAUGGCCGGCAGGGUGCUCCAGGGGGCUGCUGGCUUCCUCAAGGCCUGUGGGCUCCUGGGCAGCCUCUACCUCUUCAUCUGCUCCCUGGACAUCCUCAGCUCUGCCUUCCAGCUGCUAGGCAGCAAGGUAGCUGGAGACAUCUUCAAGGACAACGUGGUGCUGUCCAACCCUGUGGCUGGACUGGUCAUCGGCGUGCUGGGCACGGUCCUCGUGCAGAGCUCCAGCACGUCCUCCUCCAUCGUGGUCAGCAUGGUGGCCUCCAAGCUGCUGACCGUGCGGGCAUCUGUGCCCGUCAUCAUGGGCGUCAACGUGGGCACAUCCGUCACCAGCACCCUGGUCUCGAUGGCACAGUCGGGGGACCGGGACGCGUUUCGGAGGGCCUUUGGCGGCUCAGCCGUGCACGGCGUCUUCAACUGGCUCACGGCGCUGACCCUGCUGCCGCUGGAGAGCGCUGCGGCCCCCCUGGAGAGGCUCAGCGCACUGGCCCUGGGCGCUGCCAGCCUGCAGCCCGGGGGGCGCGCGCCUGACAUCCUCAAGGUGCUGACACGGCCGCUCACACGCCUCAUCGUGCAGCUGGACGCUGAUGUCAUUACGGGCCGCGGCACAGGCAACGCUACCAACAGUAGCCUCAUUAAGCGAUGGUGUGGCACCGAGGUGCAGACGACUGCAGGGAACAGCAGCACCUGUGCGGCGGCCACUGGGGGCCCCUGCCCUGCGAGGAACAGCUCUGCCGCCGAGGAGCAGCUUCCCUGUCGCCACCUGUUCGAGGGCACAGCGCUCGCGGACCUGGCCGUGGGCUUCAUCCUGCUGGCUGCCUCCCUGCUCGUGCUCUGUGCCUGCCUCGCCCUCAUCGUCAAGCUGCUCAGCUCCACUCUGCGGGGCCGCGUGGGCCAGGCCGUGAGCACCGUCGUCAACGCUGGUGGGCCUUGGGGAGGCGGUGAGGGUGGCGGCGAGGAGGCCCGACUGCGGGUGACCGGCUCCCCCUCCGCAGACUUCCCCUCCCCAUUCGGCUGGCUCAGCGGCUAUCUGGCCAUCCUCGUGGGGGCCGGCCUGACCUUCGCGCUCCAGAGCAGCAGCGUCUUCACUGCAGCCGUAGUGCCGCUCAUGGGGGUCCGGGUGAUCAGCCUGGAGCGGGCGUACCCCCUCUUCCUGGGCUCCAACAUCGGCACCACCACCACGGCCCUGCUGGCUGCCCUGGCCAGCCCUUCGGAUAUGCUGAUCAGCGCCGUCCAGGUCGCCCUCAUCCACUUCUUCUUCAACCUGGCUGGCAUCCUGUUGUGGUACGUGGUGCCCGUCCUCCGGCUGCCCAUCCCACUGGCCAAGCGCUUUGGGGACCUGACUGCCCGCUACCGCUGGGUGGCCGUCGCCUACCUGCUGCUCAGCUUCUUGCUGCUGCCGCUGGCCGCCUGCGGGCUCUCCCUGGCGGGGAGUACAGUGCUGGCUGCAGUUGGGGGGCCCCUGCUUGUGCUGGUACUCCUCAUCAUCCUGGUCGCCAUCCUGCAGCGGCACCGGCCAGCCUGGCUGCCCCGCCGCCUGCGCUCCUGGGCCUGGCUGCCCCUGUGGCUCCGUUCUCUGGAGCCCUGGGACCGCCUGGUGAGCCGCUGCUGCCCCUGCAAGGCCUGCAGCCCCCCUCAGGCUGCGGCCAAGGAGGCCCACUGCUAUGAGAACCCCGAGGUCCUGGCCUCCCAGCAGUUGUGAAGAGCGGGCGCCCCCACCCCCGUUGACCUCUGGGUGCCCUGAGGGAUCCUAGUGGCUGCGGACAUCUGCAUCACCUGCAUCACCUGCUUUGCAAAUAAACAAGCCUGUACCCAGG